AGGGAAAGCGAAAGCAGCCAUCUCGGUGGUUUCCAUCAUUCUAGUGGUCGGAGUUGUCAUUGGUGUGGUUGCCGUCGUCCACCGCAAUGGCAGCAACAACACUGAAAAAUUGUCCCCACAAAUGAAGGCCGUGACUGAUUUCUGCGCCUCUAGUAGUUAUCAAGAAAUUUGUCAAAAAACACUCAGCUCCGUUAAUAGUACUGAUCCCAAAGCUUUCAUUGUCAAGGCUAUAAUGGCCUCCCAGGAUGCGGUUGUGAAGUUCUUCAACUAUUCCGACUCAUUGAUCGUGAAAGCUAACAACAAUUCUCGUACUAAGAUGGCCUUGGAGGACUGUAAAGAUUUGAUGAACUUGGCCCAACAGUCACUCCAAGCAUCAAUAUCGGAUGUUGGUGAUGCUCAGUUGCAUACAUUCAGUGAUCGGAUUGAUGACCUUAGGACAUGGCUGAGUGCUGUUAUUUCUUACCAACAAUCCUGCCUGGAUGGUUUUGCUGAGGACGAAGCGACCCAGGACACGAUGACAAAGGGAAUUGUCGACGCCGACCAAAUCACCACCAAUGCUCUUGAUAUUAUAACAAAAUUAGCUGAUAUUCUGGCCAAGUUUGGUCUCCAGUUUAAUGUCCCCACCUCUCGAAAACUUCUUUCCAAUGAAUAUCCUGAAUGGUUUGCCGCCGCCGAUCGUAAGCUUUUGGCUCGGGUGGACAAUGGCAAUAUUAAACCAAAUGCGGUCGUGGCACAAGAUGGCAGUGGCCAGUUCAAGACCAUUGCUGCAGCCCUUGCUGCUUACCCCAAGGGCUUCCAGGGCCGAUAUAUCAUCUAUGUUAAGGCUGGUAUUUACAAAGAGUACAUCAUGGUUGAUUCUAAAAUGACUAAUGUGCUCAUGUACGGUGAUGGCUCUAGGAAGACCAUUGUCACUGGUCGCAAGAACUUUGUUGAUGGAGUCCAAACCAUGCAAACUGCCACAUUCUCUGCUAUUGGAGACGGGUUCAUUGCCAAGAACAUGGGAUUCCAAAACACUGCUGGUGCUCAAGGACACCAGGCUGUGGCUUUCCGAUCCUCAUCCGACAAGUCAGCUUUCUUCAAUUGCAGGUUUGAUGGGUACCAAGACACCUUGUAUGCGCAUGCCAACCGUCAGUUCUAUAGAAAUUGUGUCAUAUCUGGUACCAUUGACUUCAUCUUCGGCGACGCCCCAACCGUUAUCCAAAACUCGUUGAUCAUAGUCAGGAGGCCAAUGGAUAACCAGCAGAACACUGUUACUGCACAUGGGAAAAAAAAGGCCAAUGAGAACACUGGUAUAGUUAUUCAUAACUGCAGGAUUGUCCCUGAGGAGAAACUGUUCGUCGACAGGUUCAAGAUCCGAACAUACCUGGGCAGGCCCUGGAAGGAAUACUCCACAACUGUUGUAAUGGAAUCAACUUUGGGAGAUUUUAUCCAACCUGACGGAUGGAUGCCUUGGCAAGGAACCUUCGCUCUUGACACUUGUUACUAUGCUGAGUACAACAACCGUGGCCCUGGAGCUAAUACCUCCAAGAGGGUUAAUUGGAAAGGGUACCAUGUGAUUGAUAGGCCAACGGCAAUGAGAUUCACGGUUCAGACAUUCCUUAAUUCUCGUGAAAAUUGGCUUCAAGCCACUGGAAUUCCAAAUAUAGCCGGGUUGAAAUACUAAGAUGAGUUGAGGGGCUGAGGAGAUUCACUGAGAAAAGGAAUCACUAGCGGAUAAGAGAACAUACAGGGGAUUAAUUGUUUGUUUGCUCUAGUCUAGCUAGCAACUUCUUAGGGCUAUACAAGCCUCUCUUUUUUCGACUGCUAUAUUGUUAAAUAAAAAUAUGCUUGAUUC